CCCAGACUUUAUACCGACUUCCCAUGUAACCGUCCGGAGCGAGUUCCGCCGGCGGGAAAUUGUUACAUCUAAAUCGGAAACGAAAAUCUAGUUCCGAUAAUUGGAUAACAACACAUAUCAAAUAAGUUCUAGAUAUAAAAAUUUUAUAUUGGACAUUUUGGAAAUUGUUCACCAAAUGCAGGGAAUGAAGCAGCAAGAUUAUUACAGAGCCUGCAGUUUUCCGGCAUUUUCAGGAAUGGUAUUUCCGGAUCCUGCCUAUGGAAAGAGUGCAUGGUCACCUCAGACCAGCCCUGCCAGUCCAGGUUACCCCCACCCGGGAUCCCUUCCGGCCAUCGCCAAGCCGGGAUUCGACGGGCCACACUCUCACUGGCGCCCACAGGGGAGUGGACAGAUUCAGUUAUGGCAAUUCCUUUUGGAACUUCUCUCAGACAGUACCAAUUCAAACUACAUUACGUGGGAGGGAACCAACGGAGAAUUUAAACUGGUGGACCCGGAUGAAGUGGCCCGACGAUGGGGAGAGAGGAAGUCCAAACCCAACAUGAACUAUGACAAACUCAGUCGUGCUCUCCGGUAUUAUUACGACAAAAACAUAAUGACCAAAGUGCAUGGUAAACGGUACGCCUAUAAGUUUGAUUUUGCAGGUUUAGCACAAGCAAUGCAACCUGCUGCCGAUCCGACCGCUUACAAAUACCAACAGGACUUCUUCAUGCCAGCGUACCACCAUAGCUCUAAAUUCAAUUUUAUGAAUGCUCACUCCCCAAUGCCACCCACUACUGGUAUUUUCGGAAGUCAUUCAAGUUAUUGGUCACAGACGAAUCACUCAAUGUAUCCGAAUAUUCCAAAUCAUCACAUGACCCAUCCUAGUCACAUGGCCUCACAUCUUGGAUCAUAUUACACAUGACCAAAUAAUAUGCGCCUUAUUUGGAAAACAAUGUGUUAAUUUUCUAAGCACAAUCUUUAGUGCUGAAAGGAGAAAUUAGAUUUUCUCGUUGUUAAUCAUCAGAGUGAUGAAUAGUGAAACUUGGAACGCUGCAUGUCUACUUUUCCCGAGCAGUUUCGAGCUCCGACUCCGAUUGCAAAGAAAGCUAAGAUAGUGUUUUAGUCUUCCGGUUGAUGGCGUUGAUGAGUUGUUGCCAUAAAUCAGAAUUUCAGAAAUGUCAACGUCCUGUAAUAGAUUUUGAUAUAGGAAAUGUUGUAAUGGAGUUCCUUACUGUAUUAAGUGCAGGAUUGUUGGCAAGACUUUGGGAUGUUUCGGAAGUCAUUUUCAGCCUAAGUUUUCUUGGGACAUUCAUCGGAAGGAAAUGUACUUCACAAUCGGAUUCGCCGAUAAUUUCUUCCUUCACGAUAAAGUCUGAUGCGGUGAAAGGAUUCUUGACAGGAACAAAAUUGGAUUUGGCAGAAGCAAAAAGAAAGGGAAGACAAUAUUGACUUUGUCGGUUUAUGUGACCAGACUAGGGAGGGCUUUUGAUUGCAAUCAUAAUCAAAGUGCCUUGAAUUAGAUUUUUAGAUAGAAAGGGAACAUUAAAGGAUGGCAAGUGAUGACUGAAGAAAAGUAUCGGAGCUAAGCGCUUUUGUGAUGAACGUUGCUCGAUUGACUCCAGCUUUGGUACUAAACGGUCCCCUCGGAUUGUGUAUUGAUUAUGAACCCUGUUAUCAUGACAAUAAAGUUGUUUUCCAAGACAAGCGUGCAUAUUAAUGAAUACUUUUCACCAAUGGAUGCUGGGGCAAAUAUUCAAUGAUGAUAGCCAUUAUUAGACGAACAUUCCUCCUUAACCGUCACCUGCAGACGAUCGACUUGAUUGCUGAAAAAGCGGACGACCGCUUCAAGAUGCUAAUAAGAUUCCCGCCAAAAUUGGCAAUAAUGAUGAAAUGUAAAUAUAUUCUUUACUCAUAAUGUAUAAGGCAAUGGGUGCUUAAUUUUCUGUUAUUUAAUGCGCGCGUGCGCUGCACACGCAAUUUUGUCAGGGUUCAGAACAUCUGAAGAAAUGUGUUUAUUCAAAGAACCAUGCAUAAUGUCAUAUUGAAAUGUUAUUGGAUUGGAUUCGAAAAAUCAAUUGAAAGUUCUUUAUUUUUUCAUAUGAAUCCUUGCCGGGAUAUUCUCACUUUGGGGAACACUGAAUAGUGAUUGAGAGUUAAUUGAAUAAUACUGCCUACAUUCGUAUGGGAAAAUUUUACUAAAUGGGAAUUUGUUUUUAGAAAGAAACUCCCAACACGUGUACUCGAUUUAUUUGAGAUGAAAGAAAUGACGAGAAUCUCGGUUAAGGUUAUUUUAUUUCAAUUCUUUGUGUUUAUUUGAAUAUUUAUAUUUAUAUUCAAUUGAAUAUUUAUAUAUGUUUUGAGGUAUACAUUUUGAAAAUAAUGAAAUAUUCUUUAUAUGUGAUAUGUACUGCAGAGAUAUUCUAAAUUUAAAUAAAAUGAAAUAUUUUGUAAUCAUU